AUGUUCUUUGACAAGAAGAAGAACGAAAAGGAUAAGGAUAAGUCCAAGAAGAAGGAGCCCCCUGUUCCGACCCAGCUCGGGCGGAAGAAGAAGCGCCGUGGCCCCGAUGCUGCCCACAAGCUCCCCACCAUCACCCCCAACACCCGCUGCCGUCUCAAGCGCCUGCGCCUGGAGCGCGUGAAGGACUUCCUCCUGAUGGAGGAGGAGUUCGUCGCCAACCAGGAGCGUCUGCGCCCGGCUGACGGCGAUGCCCGCGGGCAGAAGGACCGCGCCCGGGUGGACGACCUGCGCGGCGCCCCGAUGAGCGUCGGCACCCUGGAGGAGAUCAUUGACGACCACCACGCCAUCAUCAGCAGCGCCGUCGGCCCGGAGUACUACGUCGGCAUUGCCAGCUUCGUGGACAAGGACCAGCUGGAGCUGGGUGCCAGUGUUCUUUUGCACAGCAAGACCAUGUCCAUUGUCGGUGUCCUGCCCGACGACACGGACCCCAUGGUCUACGACUCGCAUUCCGGUGGUGAGCGUGAGAUCCAGCGCACCAUGCUGGAGCUCCUCAACCAGCUGGAUGGUUUCGACGCGCGCGGCGAUGUCAAGGUCUUGAUGGCAACCAAUCGCAUCGAGUCUCUGGACCCGGCGCUCAUUCGCCCGGGCCGUAUCGAUCGCAAGAUCGAGUUCCCUCUGCCCGACAUCCGGACCAAGCGCGGCAUCUUCAACAUCCACACCGCCCGCAUGACCCUGGCCCCGGAUGUGGACCCGGAGGAGUUGAUCACCACCAAGGACGACCUGAGUGGUGCCGAUAUCAAGGCCGUCUGCACGGAGGCCGGCCUGCUGGCCCUGCGCGACUUCCGCAUGCGUGUCACCGCGGCCGACUUCCGUGCCGCCAAGGAGACCGUCAUGUACCGCAAGCAUGACAACACUCCGGAGGGCAUGUACCUGUGA